GAAAUGUCCAAAUACCUACAUGUUUCAAUAUACGAUUCGAUUUCCAGUGCUUUGGUGUACCGCUUUUUUUCCAUCACACUGAGGCUGAACCUCGACAAUCUUAAUUCACUACCUACUGAAGACUUCGAGGACCUCGAGGACUUCGAGGACCUCAACCUUACUCCUGUAUUAACCUCAACCGUUCCACAAUCUAUUGAUAAAUAUCAACUGUAUUAUAAACACAAAUUCCAUACCAGUAUCUCCGUGUCGACAUUGAGAUAUAAUCGCUGUGCAAUCUUGUUUGAUCUCCCGCAGAACUUCUUCUCGAGCAUCCCUUGAUCCCAGGUCGUGGUCUCCCCAUUCGAUCUAAUCAUGUCUCUGCCACCAUCAAUUAUUCAUAUCAAGAGGAAGGCCACAGAUCUACCUCAAGACUUUCUUCGUGUUGACGAUGCCGUCACAAAACGACAACGUCGGACCACCGAUUUUGUUUAUUCUAGACAACAAACCCCACAAGUCGAUACUACCCCCUCUACUCCUCAAUCAGCUCCACUGGGACGACGCAUCAAACCUUUACACCGUUCCACAAGCUCUCGGUCUUUAACUGUCAAAAAACAAGGGAAAAGCGAGGGAACUGUUCAGUCAAUAAACGAAGUCAGUAAAGAGGAUCAAGAUGUCAAUGCCCAACCUCCGACUACCAAUAUUCUUACGACACAAGAUGAUGAAGUAAAUCAUACUUCAGGCAGCAUACAACCUUCAAGUAGUGAGAGCCCGUUAAGUAGUGGAAGCACAAAGAAAGCAGUUCAACAGAGACGAUUCCAUCUUUCGAGAAGUGCAACACCCUCCAUUUCUCCAGGCCCAAGUACUGGAGUACGAAAGCGCAAUGCCACAGUCUUCAUUGAGCGCCGUGUGCGACAGAAGACCCAGGAAGAGAAGUGGACAUCUGUAGCUAACGCUGCUAUAAAAUCACAAAAUGUUGCGACCCAGAAACAAGACCAAGAAGAAAAACCGCAGAAGAAGCCAGGCCGAGGAUCGAGAGUGCAAGUAGCACCCCCAAAAGAUGCCAAAGAUAGCAAAGAUGAGAAGGUUGAAAAUGAAAUACCUACACCUCAAUCAAAGCCACCUUCUGCGUUGGUCAACCCUUGGGGUCUGGAUACAGAUGAUUUGGCAGCACAGAUGCAAGCUUACACACUACAAGAAAUUGGUCGUAGUAUUGCAGAAUCUAAGGCCGCAGAACCUAAACCAUCUGCACCAGUAGAAUCAUCUUAUCGCAAAUCAACAUCUACUAGGUUCAAGCCCAAAGUACCAGCUUUGCGCUACAAAGAACGUCAUCCAGAGGAAAAUACCAUGGAAGUUGAUGAAGAGCAAAUGUCUGGAGUUGAGACUGAUGGGGAUGUGGAUACCGACUCAGAGUAUAUCAUUGAGACAUAUAUUCGUGUUCCUGCUGAAGAUAUCGAUAAUGAAGAUAAUAAGAUCAAUUUUGGUAUUCUUGUACUCGAUGCUCAAUCAGAUAUUGAUGAAUUUUAUCAAGAUUGGGAUACAGACGAAGAAGUAGAAGAUGAGGCAGAAGAAGAUGAAAAUGAUGAGAAUCAUUACACAGCUGAUUAUCCUGAUGCGGAAGUCGACUCAGACGACGAGUAUAACAGAAAUGCUUAUGCAUAUCGCACUGGUAACGCUUCAGAUCUUGAGGAAUUCGACGAGGAUGAUAGUGAUGAAGAUGAAAUGGGGUUUAGUGAUGAUGAAACUGACAAGUUGAAAUAUCCAUGGCAGAGAGUUGCAGCUCAUGGACGGAGAAAUCAACUUGCCAGUGGUGAGGAGGAUGAGGAUGAGGAUAUGGAAUAGGGGGGUGGGAAACGGUUGGUUGACAAUAUGGAGUGGAAGGGAAUUAGGAUGGCUAGUUGAGAGGAAGGGAGGUGGAUGCUGAAGGGCUACUUGUAGUAAUGGGAGAAAUUUGAUGGCAAUAUGAACUGGAAAUGGUAUCCAGAAUUUCUGGUGAAUUUUGGGGUUUACAUCGAUUAUGCAUAAAAACGAACUGUUGACAGCCAUGGAACAAAGCUUAGUAAAACGAUACCAUAUGGCAAAGAAAACAAUACAUAAUCCUUCGAGGAAUCACACCUAGGAGAGAGGGGAUAUCAAAUCAAUGAAAAGUGUCCAAUAGUACAGACUGCAGUCCA